UGGCGCACACAAUACCAUUCAAUAAUAGCCAUUAGUGUUGUGUUAGUGUUAGUGUAUAGUAAGCGCAUUGACUGCUAUUAUAUAUAUAUACGACACUAUAACCACAUUAUUAACUGAAUUUAAUUGAAUUUUUUGAUUAUUUAUUAUUUAGUUAAUUGUAAUUCAAAAACAACAACAAUAACAACAAUCAAUCAAUCAAUCAGUCAAUUGAUUGAUUGAUUGGAUUCAAACAUCAAGUGUUUAAAGUAUAUAUACCUAUCAAUAGUGUCCUAACAAACAGUCCUAUUAUAACCACAACAACAUCGGGAGAUAAUAAUAAUAACACCAAUUGGCCAGUAAUCGGAUCAAACACACAUACACAACAACAACAACAAUCGGGAGAUAACAACACACCAAUUGGCCAGUAAUCGGAUCAAACACACACACACACAACAACAACAACAAUCGGGAGAUAACAACACACCAAUUGGCCAGUAAUCGGAUCAAACACACACACAACAACAACAAUCGGGAGAUAAUAACACCAAUUGGCCAGUAAUCGGAUCAAACACACACACACAACAACAACAAUCGGGAGAUAAUAACACCAAUUGGCCAGUAAUCGGAUCAAACACACACACAACAACAACAAUCGGGAGAUAACAACACACCAAUUGGCCAGUAAUCGGAUCAAACACACACACACACACAACAACAAUCGGGUGGUAAGCGGGUGUCCACCACUUUGGUUUGUCAAAUAUCAAUCGGGUCAGCAGUACUACUACUACUACUACUAGUGGCCUACGAUGUCCGGCAUAAUAACCAACGACUCUAAAGCGCCGGUACGCGACCCGCGACGUGUCCAGUUCGGUAUACUUGGUCCGGACGAGAUUCGCCGAAUGUCCGUAACCGACGGCGGUGUCCAGUUUCCCGAGAUAUACGAAAAUGGACGGCCAAAGUUGGGCGGCCUAAUGGAUCCGCGUCAGGGCGUAAUCGAUCGGAUAUCCCGAUGUCAGACUUGCGCCGGCAAUAUGACCGAAUGUUCCGGUCAUUUUGGUCACCUCGAACUGGCCAAACCCGUGUUUCAUAUCGGCUUUUUGACAAAGAUUAUCAAAACACUUCGUUGCGUUUGUUUUUAUUGUUCAAAAAUGUUGAUAUCACCCACCAAUCCGAAGAUCAAAGAGAUUAUCAACGAAACGAAAGGCAAUCCCAGGAAACGGUUGGCUCACGUCUACGAUCUUUGUAAAGGAAAAAACAUUUGCGAAGGCGGCGAAGACAUGGAUAUCAACAAAAACGACGGCAACGAUGACAAUAAUGGCGAUCAGAUGAAAAAGUUGAACAGUCACGGAGGUUGCGGUCGAUAUCAGCCUAGUAUUAGGCGAGUAGGACUCGAAUUGACCGCCGAAUGGAAACAUCUCAAUGAAGAUUCUCAGGAGAAGAAAAUCUUUUUGACCGCCGAACGAGUGCACGAAAUAUUCAAACACAUUACCGACGAGGAAGUACUGGUGCUCGGUAUGGAUCCGAAGUAUGCCCGACCCGACUGGAUGUGCAUUACAGUACUGCCGGUACCGCCGCUGUGCGUACGACCGGCAGUCGUAAUGUUUGGUUCGGCUCGCAAUCAGGACGAUCUGACCCAUAAGAUAUCCGAUAUUGUCAAAUGCAAUAACGAACUCAUACGUAACGAACAGUCGGGUGCGGCCACACAUAUUAUUGCCGAAAAUGUCAAAAUGCUUCAGUAUCAUGCGGCCACACUGGUCGACAACGAUAUACCCGGUAUACCGAAAGCUCAACAAAAAUCUGGUCGACCACUGAAAUCAAUCAAACAGCGACUAAAGUCGAAAGAGGGUCGUAUUCGCGGUAAUCUUAUGGGCAAACGUGUCGACUUUAGCGCCCGUACGGUCAUUACGCCCGAUCCUAAUUUACGUAUCGACGAAAUCGGUGUACCCCGUAGUAUAGCCCAGAAUCUUACAUUUCCCGAAAUUGUUACACCAUUUAACAUCGAACAGAUGCACGAACUGGUACGCAAAGGUCAUAACCAGUAUCCCGGAGCCAAAUACAUCAUUCGGGACAAUGGCGAACGUAUUGAUCUGCGAUUUCAUCCGAAACCAUCCGAUCUGCAUCUACAGUACGGCUACAAAGUUGAACGACACAUACGUAAUGGCGAUGUUAUCGUAUUCAAUCGGCAGCCAACCCUACACAAAAUGUCUAUGAUGGGCCACAGGAUACGGGUGUUGCCGUGGUCAACAUUCCGGAUGAACCUAUCGGUAACCACGCCCUACAAUGCCGAUUUCGAUGGCGACGAAAUGAAUAUGCAUGUACCCCAGUCGCUGGAAACUAAAGCCGAAAUCGAACAGCUGGCCAUGGUCCCGCGUAACAUCAUUACCCCGCAAAGUAAUAAACCCGUAAUGGGUAUCGUCCAGGACACCUUGACGGCCGUACGCAAAAUGACCAAACGUGACGUAUUCCUCGAUAAGGAACAGAUGAUGACUUUGUUGAUGUUUUUGCCGAUUUGGAACGGAAAGAUGCCGAUGCCGGCCAUAUUGAAACCGAAACCAUUGUGGACAGGCAAGCAGCUGUUUUCGUUGAUCAUACCGGGACCCGUAUCGCUGAUUCGUACACAUUCGACACAUCCAGACGAUGAAGAUGACGGUCCCUAUAAGUGGAUAUCGCCCGGCGAUACCCGUAUACUCAUAGAACACGGCGAACUAAUAUCGGGUAUUGUUUGUUCGAAAACUGUCGGUAAAGCGGCCGGCAGUCUAUUGCAUGUCGUAUUCAACGAAAUGGGACACGAAAUUUGUGGUCUAUUCUACGGUCACAUUCAAACAGUUGUCAACAAUUGGCUACUACUCGAAGGCCACAGUAUCGGUAUUGGCGAUACGUUUGCCGAUCCGCAGACCUAUACGGAAAUUCAGGAAACAAUCAAAAAAGCCAAACAGGAUGUGAUCGAAGUGAUCGAAAAGGCGCACAACGAUGAACUGGAUCCGACACCGGGUAAUACACUGAGACAAACGUUUGAAAAUCAAGUCAAUCGUAUACUGAACGACGCUCGCGACAAAACUGGUGCUUCGGCUCAGAAAUCUCUGUCCGAAAACAACAAUUUCAAAUCGAUGGUCGUUUCGGGUGCCAAAGGCUCGAAGAUUAACAUAUCGCAGGUUAUCGCUUGUGUCGGCCAACAGAACGUCGAAGGCAAACGAAUACCGUUCGGGUUUCGUAAGCGAACUCUACCGCACUUUAUUAAGGACGACUACGGACCCGAAUCGCGCGGUUUUGUCGAAAACUCUUAUCUGGCCGGUCUGACACCGUCCGAGUUUUUCUUUCAUUCGAUGGGCGGUCGCGAAGGUCUCAUCGAUACCGCCGUCAAAACGGCUGAAACCGGUUAUAUUCAACGACGGCUGAUCAAAGCUAUGGAAUCGGUAAUGGUUACCUACGACGGAACCGUACGAAAUUCCAAUGGCCAAGUAAUUCAGUUGCGUUACGGUGAGGACGGACUCGAUGGCGGUGCCGUUGAGUUUCAAAAUUUACCGACACUUAAGCCAAACAAUAAGGCACUGAAAGAUAAGUUCAAGUUUGACGCCUCUAACGAACGAUAUCUACGAAAAAUAUUUACCGAAGACGUUGUCCGCGAACUGCUCGGCAAUUCGUCCUCACUGUCGGAACUCGAACAGGAAUGGGAUCGCAUACGUACCGAUCGGGACACUUUGCGCGACAUAUUUCCGACCGGCGACUCCAAGGUAGUGAUGCCAUGCAAUCUGAAUCGUAUGAUAUGGAAUGCGCAGAAAAUAUUUCACGUAAAUCUUCGCGGCCAAACUGAUCUGUCGCCGCUGAAAGUCAUCGACGGUGUCGAAGCACUGGUCAGCCGAUUGACAAUAGUACCCGGCGAAGAUCGCCUAUCGGUACAGGCCAAUAAAAAUGCAACCCUACUGUUUCGGGCACUGCUCCGAUCGACACUUUGUUCGAAAAAGAUUACCGAAUCCGAUCGGUUGUCGUCCGAAGCGUUCGACUGGUUGAUCGGCGAAAUCGAAACCCGAUUUCAACAAUCGCAGGUACAGCCGGGCGAAAUGGUCGGUGCGUUGGCCGCCCAAUCGCUCGGCGAACCGGCCACUCAGAUGACACUGAAUACUUUCCAUUACGCCGGCGUAUCGGCCAAAAACGUAACCCUAGGUGUUCCGCGGCUGAAAGAAAUUAUUAAUAUAUCGAAAAAACCGAAAACACCGUCACUGACGGUCUUCUUGAAGGGUGCGGCCGCCAGGGAUGCCGAAAAAGCCAAAGACGUAUUGUGCCGUCUCGAGCAUACAACCCUACGUAAGGUGACCGCCAAUACGGCCAUCUAUUACGAUCCCGAUCCGCUAAACAGUGUCAUCAUCGAAGACCAAGAGUUUGUUAACGUUUACUACGAAAUGCCUGAUUUCGACGUUUCCCGUAUCAGUCCGUGGCUUUUGCGUAUCGAAUUGGAUCGCAAACGUAUGACCGACAAGAAGCUAACGAUGGAAGCGAUUGCCGAAAAAAUUAGUGCCGGUUUUGGCGACGAUCUUAACUGUAUAUUCAACGACGACAACGCCGAGAAACUAAUACUUCGUAUUCGGAUUAUGAAUAGCGACGAAAAAAUGGAAGAAGAAGAACAAGUGGACAAAAUGGAAGACGACGUAUUCCUCCGGUGUAUCGAGUCGUCAAUGUUGUCUGAUAUUACACUACAGGGAAUCGAAAGCAUUGCCAAAGUCUAUAUGCAUUUACCGACAACUGAUAAUAAAAAGAAAAUAAUGGUUACCGAAACCGGCGACUAUAAGGCCAUUGCCGAAUGGCUACUGGAAACUGAUGGUACAUCACUGAUGCGUGUACUGUCGGAACGUGAUGUAGAUCCUGCUCGAACCUAUUCCAAUGAUAUUUGCGAAAUAUUUGCCACAUUGGGUAUCGAAGCCGUCCGGAAAGCGGUCGAAAAAGAGAUGAAUCACGUAAUCAGUUUCGACGGUUCGUAUGUCAACUAUCGACACUUGGCCUUACUGUGCGACGUAAUGACGGCCAAAGGUCAUCUGAUGGCCAUUACUCGACACGGUAUCAACAGACAGGAUGUCGGCUGUUUGAUGCGCUGUUCUUUCGAGGAGACUGUCGAUGUGCUGAUCGAUGCCGCACAACACGCCGAAGUUGACCAUUUGAAAGGUGUAUCCGAAUGUAUUAUUGUCGGACAGUUGGCCAAAAUGGGUACCGGUGCGUUCGGUAUGCUCUUGGAUCCCGAUAAGUGUAAACAGGGUAUCGAAAUACCUACAAAUUUGCCCGGAAUGGGAACUAUGGGUGCCGGCAUAUUUUUCGGUAGUGCCGAUUCGCCAUCAAUGGCGGGUAUGACACCCCAGAUGACUCCAUGGGGACAGGGAGCCACUCCAGCUUACGGCCAGGCAUGGUCGCCGGGACUCGGUUUAGGAAUGACGCCCAAUGCGGCCGGUUUUUCGCCGUCUGCCGCAUCCGAUGCCAGCGGCUUCUCGCCCGGCUAUUCACCCGGUUGGUCACCGCAACCCGGUUCGCCUGGCUCUCCAUCAUCGCCAUACAUACCGUCACCGCACGGCCCGCUAUCGCCAUCCUAUUCGCCGUCGUCACCGGCCUAUGCACCGAUGUCUCCCGGAGUGGGUCCGUCCAGUCCCACAUACAGUCCGACAAGUCCAUCGUAUUCGCCGACGAGCCCAUCAUAUUCACCCACUUCUCCAAACUAUUCGCCAACCAGUCCCAACUACUCACCUACCAGUCCGUCAUAUUCGCCAACCAGUCCCUCAUACUCGCCGACCUCACCAUCCUAUUCGCCAACAUCGCCGUCAUAUUCACCUACUAGUCCUUCUUACUCACCAACCAGUCCGUCAUACUCUCCAACAUCGCCCUCAUAUUCACCUACCAGUCCCUCCUAUUCGCCAACCAGUCCGUCAUAUUCGCCAACAAGUCCAUCAUAUUCUCCAACCAGUCCGUCAUAUUCGCCAACAAGUCCUUCAUAUUCUCCAACCAGUCCGUCAUACUCUCCCAGCAGCCCCUCCUACGCACCCACCAGUCCAUCCUAUUCUCCAACAUCGCCAUCAUAUUCCCCUACAUCGCCGUCCUAUUCGCCGACUUCGCCAUCAUAUAGCCCGUCGUCGCCGUCUUAUUCACCCACCAGUCCAUCCUAUUCUCCCGGCUCACCCACCUAUAGCCCGUCGUCGCCGAAAUACUCGCCGGCCAGCCCGUCAUAUUCGCCGACGAGCCCAUCGUAUAGUCCGUCAUCACCGCGCUAUACGCCGGCGUCACCGAAAUAUUCGCCGACAUCGCCGCGCUAUUCCCCGACCAGUCCCUCGUAUUCGCCUACCAGUCCCAACUAUAGCGGUGCCAGUCCCGGCUAUUCCCCUACAUCGCCCAACUAUUCGCCGUCGUCACCGAAAUACACGCCGACCAGUCCAUCGUAUAGUCCGUCGUCGCCGAAAUAUUCGCCAACAUCGCCCACAUAUUCGCCUACAUCGCCGAACUAUACGCCAACCAGUCCGACAUAUUCGCCGACCAGUCCGCGGGGCGGCUCUCAGUACUCGCCAACGAGUCCUACAUACUCGCCGACCAGUCCGACCUAUUCGCCUACCAGUCCUAACGAUGACGACGAUCAGCAAUAAUAACAACAUUGCUAUUGUUUUUAAAAAAAUUAAUUAUUAUUAUUAUUAUUAUUGUCAUUAAAUAUAAU